CAUGUCGGCAGAGAGGCGGCAAGCAUGGCCGUACGACAUUAUUAUUCUGAGGAGUUAGAAGGACAAGAUGGAGAUUGUCCACUUCCUGUCCUUUUUGAACAUAUGUAAGACUGGUAGACGGCUAAGUGGCCUUUCUUACUUGUCCGCUCCGGCUGAGCCGUCCAGUGCUGUUUAAGAACAUUAUCCCCUUUUAAUCCCCUUCGCCUUCUGCUCCAUGCAGGCUGGACUUCAUCUUUUCCCUGAACCAUCUUGCUAAUCACCAUGGAGGACUCCAGCAUAAGGCAGCAGAAGUUGGACAAUCAGCGCUCCAUUCUAAUGAAGAAGCAACUGAAGAAGCGUGCAGAUUGUCAAAUGGUGAUCGCCAACCGGGACACUCGCCAAAAGAACCGCAAGCAAAAAGGCCGUUCGGAUGAGAUGGCGCUUCUGAUCAACCAGUCCCUCAGCAACAUCUCGCUAAGUGAUCAGGUGGAACACGCCCACGUCAACCCGUUGGACGUUAUCACGCAGGGCGAGUGCGAUGAGAUGGAAACCAUGACGCCAGAGGAGAUGCCCGACGCGCCUAAAAAGAUCGACAUGGACACUGAACAAGAGGAAGAGGAGGCGAAGAAGACGAAGAAGAGAGAGAAACUUAAACCUGUGGAGGAGAACGAUGGACAGGAGGAGACAAAAGACAAGGAGAAAAAAGACCGAAAAAUAAAAAGGAAGGACAACGAAAAAGACUGCAAGGAGGGUCAGAAGACAAACAAAAGGACCAAACAAGAGCGCAAAAAGAAGCACUUGCAGGACACCUCAGCGUCCAACUUGGGCUCAGAGAGGAAGGUGACCGGCCCCAAGGAGAACCGACAUGAGGAAAGUGAGGACGAGGAGUCGGCGUCCUGCGACUCUUCUCCGAGGAAAAAACAUCUCGACACGUCAAGGUGCCAAAUAAGCGACGAGAGCAAAGACGAGGAGGUUCAGACGGACGUAAAAGAGCGAAAGAAGAAGAAAGGAGAGAAAAACACACCGAGUUUAGCAUCCCUCAACUCCAACUACAAGGAGGGCUCGUCUUCAGGCAGUGAAUCCAACAACAGAACUGCUUCCCCGAUAUCCCUGGAGGACCUCGAGAAGUUCGCCUUGCGUCCCGCCCCCAGAGACAUGACCAUCCAGUGUCGGGUCACCAGGGACAGGAGAGGCGUGGAGAAGGGCAUGUACCCCACCUACUACCUCCACAUGGAGAAGGACGACGGCAAGAGGGUGUUUCUUAUGGCGGGCAGGAAACGGAAAAAGAGUAAAACAUCCAACUAUCUCAUUUCAACCGACCCGACAAAUCUGUCCCGAGACACCAGCUGCUACAUCGGAAAGCUAAGGUCCAAUGUCUUGGGGACAAAGUUCACCAUUUACGACGGUGGGGAAAACCCAGAGAAAAAGCCUUUCAUCAAAGAGUGUGAAUCUGUGCGACAGGAACUGGCAGCCAUUUGUUACGAGACAAACGUUUUGGGAUUUCGGGGUCCUAGGAAAAUGACAGUGGUCAUCCCUGGCAUGCUGGAGACGGACGAAAGAGUGUCCAUUCGGCCCAAAAAUGAACAUGAGACGCUGCUAGUGCGCCACGCCAACAACAACACAGACAAACUGGUGACCCUGGUCAACAAAUCCCCGAGCUGGAACGAGCAGACUCAGUCGUACGUGCUCAACUUCCACGGGCGCGUCACUCAGGCCUCCGUUAAAAACUUUCAGAUCAUCCACCCGGAAAAUGACGACUACAUCGUGAUGCAGUUUGGACGCGUGUCCGAGGACGUCUUCUCCAUGGAUUACAGCUUCCCCAUGUGUGCCCUUCAGGCGUUUGCCAUCACGCUCUCGUCCUUUGACGGCAAACUGGCCUGCGAGUGACCUUUAAGUGCUUACGCUACAUCCUGCAUUUACACCCAGAGCUUAUUUUGACCGCUACAAUGCACAAAUAAAGGA